CGAUUAACAUGUGCACCAUUGAGAAAGCUGUUGGACAUAUGGUGGCCUGGCCAUCUAGUUUGUGUGUUAAUCUAGAAGAGGAGCUCCAACCAGAAGACAUUGCAACCCUGGGAUCAAGACCUAAUUCUGUGAACAAGUGCAAGCUACUGGAUUUGUCUUCAUAUGAUGUUGUUGUUGCAGAAGGACGUUGGCAGACACAAGAUGCCAAUGCAUUAGUUAAUGGGCUUUCUCUCGGACCAGCAGCAGUGAAAAUAUUUGUGGAUGCAGUGAUUCAACCUGAGACAUUUAUAUGGAGGCCAACGAUUGAUGUCAUGUACCUUGAGGACUGUUUACAGUCUUUUGUAGCUUGGCCUGCCAACAAAGUUGUCUUUGAAAACCAUGCAGAUGCAACAUGUCAGAAGUCUCCACUUCAUCAGGCUUCUGCAUCAACUCAUCAAACAACAACAGAAAAGGCAGCAGCAUCAGGAGGAAAAGCACCAUCAUCAGGUCCACUAAAUGCAGCAGCUGGUUAUAAGUCUUCUGUUGAGAUAUCAAAAUCCGCAGCCACAACAAAGGAACAAAAUCCGCAGCCACAGUUUCAAAAUCUCUUGUUGAGAAGUCUCCAGCAACAUGUUCAAAGCCUCCUGUAAAGAAAAGUCAGUUAGCUUCACACUCCCCUCUACGAAGAUCUCCGCGUAAAACUGGAGCUGAAGUUAUCAAGGCUAAUCAGAAGUGCAAGUUAAUGGAUAUUAGUGGAAAGAGGCGGGUGGUUGGUGAAGGACGUGUGCAUUCAAUCGACCCAGACCAAAAGGUACACCAUGUUCGCUUGGGGGCAAAUGCAGCUAGAGUUUGGGUAGAUGUAGUGAAGAUAGAUGAUGCAGCAGUUUGGAGGCCAUCAGAUGAAAUCGAGUAUAUGAGAGAUUCACUUGGUUCAUCUAUUGCAUGGCCAAUGGAUAAGUUGGUCAUCUAUUGAGUAGAUGAAGAAACUGGGGGAAUGAAGAAACUUUGGUCCAGAUUAGGUAGUUUUAAUUAGUUUAAGACUAGACUAAUCAGCUUCUGUUAUGUACUUUGGAAUCAGACUUGUUAUGUCUUUUGGAUUUAGACUUUUGUUAUGUUGAAUGAUUCUGUAUAACUUUCUAACU